AUGGCCACUCUCGACUCCCUAAAGUCGGCACUCACGGCUGUCACGCAGAAGGCCACGGCAACGCGGUCGUCGCUUCCGCAACCGCUGUCCGAUGCCCAGUACAGCGAUGGCUUCGACAUGUUCGUGCGGGGCGAAGGAGGGGCGACGUAUCAAGACUUCAUUGUGCCCCAACUGUCUCUGCUGCUGGCGCCCCUGUUCGACUCGCAUACCCAUAUCUCGCUUUUAGAAAUCGGGCCCGGCCCGGAGAGCGUUCUUGGACGCCUGCCUGUCCCUCUGCGGCAGAAGAUCAAGAGAUACGCGGCGUUUGAGCCUCACGACUUGUUUGCUACGAACUUGGAAGAAUGGCUUUGCUCUACCGCAGAGACCGGGGAACGCCCACUGCCUUGUCUGGAGUGCCCGCCCGGCAUUAGUCGAACCCCAUUCGUCGUGGACGACGAGGCAGGGGACGGUGCUGGCUCCUGUAUGGAUGAUGGCGACGGCAAGUUCGACAUCAUUCUGUUCUGUCACAGCAUGUACGGCAUGAAGCCCAAGCACAGCUUCGUCGAACGGGCGCUGGACAUGCUAGUCGAGCAUCCCGAUGGCGGGAUGGUGGUGAUUUUCCACCGCGACAAUUUGCAUCUCAACGGCUUAGUAUGUCAUCGAACGGCCUCUUUUCCAGCCGGCACCAUUCGCGUGGAAGACUCCGACGGCGCACUGGACCGCUUUGCCCCUUUCGUGGCGGGUUUUGUCGGGCAGGAUAUUGACAUCGACAACGCUAUCCGGGUCGAGUGGCGUAAGGUGUGUCGCGCCUUGGGCCGUCGCGAGGAAGCUCACCCAGGCCACCUCGUGUUCAGCUCGCCUGAGAUCAUGGUAGCCUUUACCCGACAUGCCACCGCGUUGCCAGAGUUGAUAGGCCAGGUGCCACUGGUGGACGGGGAUAAGGCUGUCAAAAAUCGGGAGGCUCGCUUCCACCGCCCCGCGUCCGUUGUUACACCGACAACGGUCGAACACAUCCAAACGUGUGUACGAUGGGCUCUAAAGCAUGGAUGUGGCUUGACCGUCAUCGGCGGGGGGCACAGUGGCCACUGUCUCUGGCCAAACGUCGUGUCAGUCAAUAUGGGCGCCUUUGAUCAAGUGCAUAUCUACACGGCCGAGGAAGAUGGAGGCGAAAAUGGUUCGGAUAUUGGGCCCUUGAUUGUCGCCGAGGCUGGUUGCAAGACGGGUGACAUCAUAUACAAGGCCAUGGCGGCGGGAUUGACAGUGCCCCUGGGGGCCCGCCCAAGUGUAGGCGCGGGCCUGUGGCUACAAGGCGGCAUCGGGCACCUGGCUAGGCUUCACGGGCUCGCGUGUGAUGCCAUCAUAGGUGCUGUGAUCGUCAAUGUUGACUCUGGUCAAGUUCUCUGUGUUGGCCGUGUACCAGAUCGUCACUGCCCAGACGGUGCCAUACGCCCGGCAAAUGAAUCUGAUCUGUUAUGGGCGAUGAAAGGGGCUGGCACGAACUUUGGCAUCGUGGUCAGCGUUACCUUCAAGGCAUUUUCAGCUCGAACCUAUUCGGUUCGAAAUUGGGUCCUCCCACUGAGCGACGACAUCGAGGCGCGGCUCAAGCUCCGUGCUUUUGAUGAACUCAUCGCCAAUAAUCUCCCCCGAAACUGCUCUGCAGAUGCGUAUCUAUACUGCGACAACAAUCAGCUGCAUCUCGGCGUGACCAUGUUCGAAUCUUCUACGAGCGGGCUUAUUCUGGAGACGUCCACGCCCGCACCUGCGUCCUUGCCCCUGGACACCAUUCUUGGGCCGGAAGACCAUUCCAAGACAGUGGACAGCGUGGGCUUGUUCGAUACCGAGAUGUACUUGUCCGGUAUGCAUGGUGGGCACGGCGGCGGAAAGACAUCCUCUUUCAAACGGUGUUUAUUCUUGAAACACAUCGGAGCAGACAACGUGGCCAAUAUCCUGCUGGCCUCCAUUGCGAAUCGCCCCUCGCCGCUCUGCUAUCUUCACCUACUGCAAGGUGGCGAAGCCGUUAGCGACGUGUCGGCUGGUGCCACUGCCUUUGGCUGCCGAGACUGGGACUUUGCCUGCGUGAUCACUGGUGUCUGGCCGCGUGACCAAGAUGGGCACGACACCGCUAGAACUGCCGUGCGAUGGGUCUACAAAGUCGCCAUGGACUUGUUGCCCUUGAGCAGCGGAGCUUACGGCGCAGACCUUGGGCCGGACCCCAGGGACGCCGCACUGGCUGCGAACGCUUUUGGACCCAACCUAUCACGCUUGGCCCGGUUGAGGCAUUGUUCAGACCCGCGCAAUUUGCUAGCUUAUGCAUGCCCGCUGCCAAAAGCGCGGAUGGGACCGAAACUCAUUAUCCUUGUCACUGGCGAAAGCGGCGCCGGUAAGGACUACUGUGCCGACGUCUGGGUCUCGGUGUUUACAUCAGGUAACGAUAAAGGUUUCAGGACACGCGCAGUCAGCAUCAGCGAAGCUGCCAAGCACGAAUAUGCGGCCGCUACCGGCGUCGAUGUGAAGCGCCUGUUUUCGGACCGUGCCUAUAAGGAGCAGCACCGGUCCGCGCUCACCACAUUCUUCCACGACCAGGUGCGGCAACGACCUCGCCUGCCAGAGGAGCACUUUCUGGCUGUGGUGCACGGCGCCGUAGACGUGGACGCGCUGCUAAUUACUGGCAUGAGAGACGAGGCGCCGGUCGCGGCCCUGUCGCACUUGGUGCCGGACAGCAGACUGCUCGAGGUUCGCGUUCAAGCUGACAGAGAGACGCGCCGAUUGCGUCGAGGCUGCCAUGGCGAGGGUGACAACACUGAGAAAAAUAACGAGGAUAGCAAGACGAACUCAACGGGGCUGGACUGCCGUCCCAAUCUCACCUUUGUCAACGACACUCCAGGACACGAGGCGGCAACAACGUUUGCUGAGCAGCACCUGCUGCCAUUCGUCCACAAGGACCUGCAGCGACUAGCCGCCAUGGUGCGCCCGGUCCCCAACUUUCCACGGCCAGGCAUCGAGUUCCGCCACAUCCUAGACGUCGCGCAGCAGCCGGGCGGGCUGGCCCUGUGCGCGUCGCUGCUUCAGACACACUUCACCGGCGACUGGGCCAAAGUCGACGCGGUGGCCUGCUGCGAGGCCGGCGGCUUCGUCUACGCGGCAGCUCUCGCGGCACGGAUAGACGUACCGUUAGCGCUGAUACGCAAACGCGGCAAGCUGCCUCCUCCUAUGAUCUCCGUUAUCAAAUCCCUGUCGCACAUCUCGUCGCCGUCUGUGGCGUGCGGCACGCCGGAUUCACGUGAGGAGAGCAUUGAGAUCGGCCGGGAUGUGGUCCCUAGGGGCGCGACAGUCGUGGUUAUAGACGAUGUGCUUGCCACGGGAGAGACACUCUGUGCGGUUCUGCAGCUGCUGGGUAAGGCCGGUGUCGGGGUCGAUAAUGUCAGUGUCCUUAUUGUGGCUGAGUUUCCGGCUCAUCGCGGCCGGGAACUGUUGCGCCAGAAGGGCUUUGGCGGAGUCAAUGUUCAGAGUCUUCUUGUCUUUGGUGGUGCUUGA